AUGGAAAAUGGUGGCACCAACCCGCCACCCGCCGGCGCCGCCUCCACCGCGAUGAGCGACGCUCAACAACACAUCUCAGGAAGAGCGCGCUCCGGCAGCGCAAGCAGCGGCCACAAGCGCACCUUGUCUGGCUCGCUCAUGUCGAAACUCUCGUUCCUGCGUAUGAGCCAGGCACCCGACAACGAAGCAUCGCUUUCUCCAAAACGCCACCACCACCGACCGCCCGACGACGAAGACAAUAGUAUUCCCCCUUCCGCCACCAGCGAUCAUGCUAUCGACAGCACCGAGGUACCGCGAGCAAGUGCUGGGCAGGCCAUGGCCACGGCGAUACAACAGAGAAGAAUGCGGCGUAGGAGGGGUUCAUUGCGAAAGACUGCGCUGCUGGGGACUCGCAUGGAACUGAAGGAAAAGCGGAGCAAUAAUAAUGCCAAUACUGCAAGGAGUGAAGGCAGUUAUGGCAAUCAUCAUCUUCAUAAUACCCAUCUCCACGGUUUUGAUCAAGAAACGUCGGCUUUCAAUCCGGAGAUAAUACCAGCAGACGAUGAGCAGACGCCGCGAGCAACCAAUAAAAAUACCAAGCCGACUCCCUCGUACUGGUCACGGUCUUUCAUGAUGAUGAGGGGCGCCAAUUCGAGCCCACCUACACACCAACAACAGCAGCAACAGACCCUUCAACAGCCUGGCACUCGGACCAGUCUGAUCAGCGACAUUACAGACGACGACGAAGAUGACAUUUCGAUAUCCGGGUUCAAGAACGAACCAUCAGCCGCUAAACUACGCCCUGCGUCAGGGAGCAGCAGUGGCAGCGCCAUGCCACCACCCAUCGCAACCCCUUCCUCGAGCGCCGACUCAUACUUUGCUCUGCGCCGGAAGCCUGCAGCCACCGCCGCCGACUCGAUGACCCUACAGAUGGUUCGCAGCUCGUCCCUGCGCGCCCGGUCGCCGCUGGCCACGCAUUCAAGCAUCGAAAUGACAAACCACGUCGUCGUCGACGGCGGUGGAUGGGACUACUCCGAGACCGAAUGGUGGGGGUGGACUAUCUUGUUCGUCACCUGGCUCGUCUUUGUCGUCGGUAUGGGCAGCUCCUUUGGAGUCUGGAGUUGGGCUUGGGAUGUCGGAGAAACCCCUUACGCGCCGCCCGAGUUGGAAGAUGAUCCGACCCUGCCUAUAGUCGGUUACUAUCCAGCGCUGCUGGUGCUUACGGCUGUCAUGGCGUGGGUGUGGGUAGUGGUCGCAUGGGUUGGAAUGAAGUAUUUCAAACAUGCGAAUAUAUCGGCUGACGAUGGGUGA